AAGUGCCAGCAGUGUUCCCGGAGCAGCUUUAUAUAAUCCCAUCUGCUCACAACGAUGUCUUCUGAGUCACUGAUCAGACCUGCACAGUCUGACUGAGAAGUGCACAUAUCAGGACAGAAGCAAUGGGUUGCUCCAGCCUUCUGUUGGCCAGCGUGGUCUCCAGUCUGAGUGGCCUGGUCUUUGGUUAUGAGCUGGGCAUCAUCUCAGGUGCUUUGCUACAGCUGAAAGCAGAGUUUAGGCUUUCAUGUGUCCAGCAGGAAGUUCUGGUCAGCUCUCUGUUGAUUGGAGCUUUGCUGGCCUCCACUAUUGGUGGCUGCCUGAUCGACCGCCAUGGCCGCAGGAACUCCAUCCUCCUCAGCAAUGUCCUGAUCCUGACCGGCAACCUGGCCCCACUCAUCAGCUCCUACUCUGCGCUGGUAGUUGGCCGGAUCACAGUUGGUUUUGCCAUGUGUAUAUCCUCCAUGUCCUGCUGCAUCUUUGUGUCAGAGAUGGUUACUCCUGAUCGCAGGGGGUUUUUGGUAACACUAUAUGAAGCUGGGAUCACUGUGGGCAUCCUGGCAGCUUAUUCCAUCAACUACAUUCUGUCUGACACCAGGGGAGGUUGGAAGUUGAUGUUUGGAUUAGUUGUAGUACCAACUUUGAUUCAACUGGCAUCUGUCUGGUUUCUUCCAUCCAGCACUGAAGAGUCUUUAAGCCACAACUACUGUCAGGCUGAAAGAGAUCUCAUUAGUACCACUGAAACCCAAGAAGUAGAUGACUCAAAAGUCAUCUCCAGCAACAAAAAGGUUUGGUACAACAGCAUGUACUUGUUCCAGCGUAAAGACAACAUGAGGACUCGCAUUGUCAUUGGGCUUGGACUAGUGCUCUUUCAGCAGUUCACAGGCCAGCCAAACAUUCUCUUCUACGCCUCCACUAUUUUCCAUUCAGUGGGCUUUCAGAGCAAUGCCUCAGCAGUGCUGGCGUCUAUGGGUUUGGGCUUGAUCAAAGUUGUUGCUACUCUGACCUCCAUGGUGUUCUUAGACAAGGUGGGCAGAAGGCCCCUACUCAUCAGCGGAUGCUUCAUUAUGGCGCUGUGUCUGAUAACCAUUGGAAUCCUCAGUGGACAUUCACCGAUGAAUGCUAAGAGGGCUUGUACUUCUGAGGAUUUUAGCAUCAACAUAACGGAUCUACCUAAUUUAACUGCUGAUAAUCACUCAGGUUUUGACACACCUCUUGAUGAGAGCCACAGAUUUUUUAAUAACAAUACACAAGAUGAUAAUCUAGUCUGGAUCAUUCUCAUAUGUAUGAUGGCUCUUGUGAGUGCAUACGCCGUUGGAUUUGGGCCAAUGACUUGGCUUCUCCUGAGUGAGAUAUUUCCAGCUGGUGUCAGAGGAAGGGCAUUUGCAUUCACCAACUCCUUCAACUGGGCUGCCAACCUGUUGGUCACAUUCACUUUCUUGAAUGUUGUUGGUGAGAUUGGUCUGUCAGGCGUGUUUAUUUUGUACGGGGUGGCUGCUGUGGUAGCUGGAAUCUUCUUCUACUUCAUGCUACCAGAGACCAAAGGAAAGACCCUGGAGGAGAUAGAUAAAGAAUUCAUUUUAAACAGUUUUUACCACAAUGAGGAGUGCUGCAUCAGCUGGAGAAACACAUCCCCACAGUAUCACAGAGUACACUAUCAUGUUAGCACCUCAGGAUGAUUACGUUGAUACAG